GAAAUGCGACAUUUUUCCUGCGAGAAAGGAAACCAACGAAGAAGUCAAAUUUGGCUAACCUAGCAUCAUCCUGGAGAUUAUGGCGUAGAAAAUAAACCGUAAACAUGGAUAAAAAGAAGAAACCCUUCGACGUGACUGCUUCAUCGCUAGUGGACCUUAAAGCUGAACUGUAUAGGAAACAGGAACAGUUCAAACGGGAGAAACUUGGACAAGAAAGUACUGGCGCUGGAUUCAAAUCAAAACCUAUAGUCAAGAAACCUAAUGUGUGGAGCAAACAAAACGCAGGUGUCUCUGCAAGAGCUGAGAAAGAUGCAGAGCAGCUGUCAGAGGAGCAGAAAAGCCUCGACACGUCAAAGCGCAAGUUGGAGGAGAAGGCCAGACUUUAUGAACAGAUGACGAAGGGAGAGUUUCCAGAUGAAGAGACAGAGGGACUGUUCCUCGUUGACUUCACCCAGAAGAUCAUUGACAAAAAGAGAGAAGCAUUUGCACAGAAGGAGAAAGAGGACGAGGAAAGAGAACGCUUGUCACCUAUUCCUCCUCCUCAGAACCCAGACGAGGAGUGGGUUGACUUUGUGGACUCUCUGGGACGAUCUCGCAGAUGCAUGAAGAAAGACCUUCCAGGUUUUAAGAAGUUGGACCAAGACUUGAAAGGCAAAGGGUCAGACUCGUCUGACAAGACUUUACUGUCAGAAGACAUGCGCCGAGAGCUACAGAGGCAGGAGUGGGAGAGAGAGGAAGAGGAAGCUAUGAAGAGGCCUGUUGGACCCCUCCACUAUGAGGAUAUCAGAGGACAAGAGGCUCGAGAGCUUGGUGUGGGCUACUAUGCUUUCUCUCAGGAUCAAGAGCAGCGCACAAAGCAGAGAGAAACUCUGGACAUGCUCAGAGAUCAGACAACAGAUCAGCGCACCAAGAGAGAACGACUGAAGGAGAAGAGGCAGGCCAUCCUGCAGGCUCGACUGGCCAAGGUGAGGCAGAGGAAGAUGAAGAAAGCCAAACUGGACGGCACUGAGGAAGAGGAAAGAGAGGAAGAGAAUGAAGGAGAGCAAGAGGACCCUGAAACUCUAGGUCCCUUCCCACAACCAGAGGAGUGCUCAGCGGUCAGCACACUGAAGAAGGUGGAGGUGGAGAUCCAAGAGAGGAAGGACACCAAACCAGGAGUUCCUCAUGUCAGAGAAUGGGAUAGGGGCAAAGAGUUCAUGUUCACUGAGUGGAAAAGUCGGCGCCGGGAUGAGCGAGAUUCUGAAUUUGCACCUCCCUCUGCAUACUAUAGUGAUGAGAAGAGACCAAAACAAUGGAAGACUAAAAACCAGGAGAAUAAAUCCAGCAUGUCCUUCCAGUGGACAAAAGGCCGAGGAGAAAAGUCUGAGAACAAGGAAGAACCAAAACUUCAGCCUCAAACUGAAUCCUCACCACCUCAACCUCAGCCACAAGAAAAUCCUCCAACCUCUUCACAGCCACCACUACCUUCAGAUGGUCCACCACUUUCAGCUCCCCCUUUUAUUCCCCAGUAUCCCCCUCCUAUGCCCCCUCCUAUGUUUUAUCCUUCGUUUCCUCCUCCACCUCCUCAGUUCGCAGGUCCCCCUCAUCACUUUGCUCCAUUUCCCCCUCAGUACCCAAACCAGUAUCCGCCUCAAUAUCAACCUCAGGUGCAGAGCCAGUCUCAGCCUGUAGACCACAGCCAGACACAGCAGCUCCCUCAGGGCCCCCCUCAGAGUCUGGACGACAUGCUUUCCUUCUACAGGAACACUACUUGAGCUUUAAAAUAAUGUGUUCGCAGUCCAGCUUGUUAUUACUGCUUUUUAAGGAAAUCAGAAGUGCAACAAGACUGUGAACCUGUAAUAAAUAUUUGGAAUUGAA